AAACUUGAGGGAAGACAAAGCACGAAAAUGGACAGAAAGCUGCUAAAGCCUCAGGUAGAGAAACGUCGGAGAGAGAGAAUGAACCAAAGCCUGGAGAGCCUGAGAACAUUGUUGCUGCAGAGACCACAACAUCAGGUGGUGACUCGGCGAAAUUUGGAGAAAUCUGAGAUCUUGGAGCAGACAGUUCUCUUUCUCCAGGACACUGGUGACAAGGACAGAAAGAAAGCUGAAGGUGGAGAACAACAAAGUCCCUUCCACGAUGGCUUGUCAGCCUGCCUGCAGAGAGCUGUCCACUUCCUGGGUCACGAAAGAGAGGGGUUGCGACUGGAGGGAGCACUGAACAAUAUUUUCUCUGCUGGUCUGAACAGCAAUGCUUGUGUGAGCACUAAAGUCCCGGCUAAAGCCUACCCUUCUAGCUCGUCGCCCAGAACACUAGUCCACCAGUCCUCACGCCUGAUGACAACACAGGAGUCCUACACCAGACCGCAGCUUUGUGGAGUCAGUGGAAAUACGUCUCAUUCUCACAGAGCUCCACUCCGACAUGGAAUUCACAACGCUCCUCAGCAGACCUGCAGAGACACUGACAAAGAAGUCCAUUCCCAGAACCUCUCAACCAGUCACUCUGUGUGGAGGCCGUGGCCCUGAUCUACCACAGGAGCCUGAACUGGGAUAC